UCCACACGUGGGGCCCAGAGGCCGGGAGGGGGACCCUUCACCUGCUUUCUGUGCAGGGAGCAGGGUGGAGGCGGAGACCCUGCAUCGGGUCUCCUGGUGCAGGCAGCCAAUGGGAGCCGCGCGGGAGCCGGAGCUGCGCAUCCGCUUCGGGGGCGGCGGUGGCGGUGGUUGCCCUGGCGCCUCCCGGGACCACGCGGUCGUGCGGGGCUGGAGCAGAGCUGAGCGCCCCGCACCAGUCACUGAAGGAAGAGAUAAAGAUGGAGGCAGAGCCUCAGAGGAAGUUUGGCGUGGUGGUGGUUGGUGUUGGCAGAGCGGGCUCUGUGCGGAUACGGGACUUACUGAAUCCAGACCUUUCUUCUGCCUGCCUGAACUUGAUUGGCUUCGUGUCCAGACGAGAGCUCGGGUGCAUCAGCGGGGUCCCGCAGAUUUCCUUGCAGGACGCUCUUUCCAGAGAGGAUGUUGAAGUUGCCUUUAUCUGCAGUGAAAGCUCCAGCCAUGAGGACUACAUCAGGAAGUUCCUAAAUGCUGGCAAGCAUGUCCUUGUGGAAUACCCCAUGGCGCUGUCUCUGGCAGCCGCUCAGGAGCUGUGGGGGCUGGCUGAGCAGAAAGGAAAAGUCUUGCAUGAGGAGCAUAUUGAACUCCUGAUGGAGGAAUUUGCAUUCCUGAAGAAAGAAGUGACGGGGAAAGACCUGCUGGAAGGCUCGCUUCUCUUCACAGCUGGCCCCUUGGAAGAAGAGCAGUUUGGCUUCCCCUCAUUCAGUGGCAUCUCUCGCCUCACCUGGCUGGUGUCCCUCUUUGGGGAGCUUUCCCUUGUGUCUGCUACUUUGGAAGAGCAGAAGGAAGACAAGUACAUGAAGAUGACUGUGCGCCUGGAGACCAAGAGUCAGCGCCCGCUGUCCUGGAUUGAAGAGAAAGGACCUGGUUUAAAACGAAACAGACAUAUAAGUUUCCACUUCAAAUCGGGAUCCCUGGAGAAUGUGCCACAUGUAGGAGUCAAUAAGAACAUUUUCCUGAACGAUCAGAACAUAUUUGUCCAGAAACUCCUGGGCCAGAUCUCUGAGAUGGAACUGGCUGCUGAAAAGAAACGCAUCCUACAUUGCCUGGGACUGGCAGAAGAAAUCCAGAAAUCCUGCCGCCAGAGCAAGUGAGAGCUGGGAGCUACGCUACCAGGCCUCUCUGGAACCAGAACAGCACAUGUGUCCCCAGGUGACCCUUAUGUCUGUUCUGACAAUUAAACACAUUGGGUAAACUA